AUGUCAAUUGAUACAUCCAAGCUAAGCGAUCUAUUUCGCUACAAAGAAAACGAUACCGAGCUCAAAGGUAAAAUCAUCAAUGUGGUCAAUCAGAUCCCGUACAAUUGCUUUAUGCAAAACCAAGAGUACGAGGCUGAUUUAAUGAAGCGAUUGAAUUUGAACAACUCACAAGCACCAUCCUCUGAGCUAUUGGACACGACACCCAUUUCUCACCUGGAGAGAAGGCGAAGAUCGACUGUAGUUGCUCUCGGUCAAACCAACAUUUGGCAGCUAUCAACUAGACGAGGUCACUCGGCCAUGUAUGCCGCUCUUGAUUCACUAAAAAAGGACUACCGAACCCUUUACAUUGGUGGUACAGGCACUAUCUUGUCGCAUCACGACAAGAGCCAUGUCAUUGACCCUGCUUCCAUCUCGGACAGCGACAAGGAGUCGCUCAAGCACUUGCUCAGGACACGACACGACAUGGCUCCCAUCUUUAUUGAUGAUAAACUGUCAUCUGGCCACUAUGAAGGCUACAGCAAACAAGUUCUGUGGCCAUUGAUGCAUUAUUUAAUGUGGUCUGAUAGCGUGGAUGAAGUAUCCUUUUGGAAUAGCUAUGUUCAAGUCAAUCAGAUAUUCGCAAAUGAAACCAUCGCCAACUACCAGGAGGGCGAUAUCAUUUGGGUCCAUGAUUACCAUUUGAUGCUUGUACCACAGAUGAUCCGACAAGCUUUGCCGAAUGCUCCCAUUGGGCUCUUUGUUCAUACGCCAUUUCCCAGUUCAGAGAUAUUCAAAUGUCUUCCACACCGCAAGGAAGUUCUGUUGGGUAUUUUGGGUGCCAAUGUGGUUGCAUUCCAAACGUACAACUACGCCCGUCAUUUCGCCUCAAACUGCACUCGCAUUCUUGGCUAUGAAUACACGCCUUCCGGAAUCCUUGCCAACGGUCUCUUGAUUCAAAUUGAAAUUUUCCCGAUUGGUAUCGAUGUAGAGCGCACACGCUAUCACUGUCAUCGGCCUGGCGUUGCUCCCAAAGCCAAAGCCAUCCGCGAACGCUACGCUGAUAAAAAGAUUAUCAUUGGUCGCGACAAGCUGGAUCCUGUCAAGGGUGUUUUGCAAAAACUGGAAGCAUUCGAAACGUUUCUGACAGAUUUCCCAGCAUGGCGGGACAAAGUGGUACUGAUUCAAGUGACAUCGCCUGGUGUUUUGGGUGCUACAGAACUGGAAAACAAGGUGUCCGAGAUUGUUGCUCGUAUCAAUGCCAAGUUUGGAUCCCUUGAAUUUACACCCGCCAACCUGUUUAAUCAACAUAUUGAUCGUGAUGAGUACUAUGCUCUGCUGGAGGUGGCUGAUAUCGGUUUGGUCACACCUAUCAUUGACGGUAUGAAUACUGCUAGUUUCGAAUACGUGGUCGCACAAGAGCAGCACCAUAGCCCUCUGAUCCUGUCUGAAUUCACGGGUACUGCCAACAGUAUGGGCGCUGCAGUCAUUGUCAAUCCUUGGAAUUGUAAAGAGGUGGCUCGUGCUAUUGACGAAUGCUUGUCCAUGAGCGAGGAAGAGAAGACACUCAAGUAUCAGCAAUUGAGUCAGUUUGUCACAUCGCAUACAGCUGCUUACUGGGCUCGAUCUCUGGUCAAGGGCUUAUUGAAUAGCCCCAAGAGCAACUGGGGAACAACGACACCUUUGGAUGUAUCGCGAGUAAGGGCUGAAUACAGCGAAAAAAGAAAGAGAGCUCUCUUUUUCGACUAUGAUGGCACGCUGGUUCCCAUCUGUCAGAAUCCUGAAGAUGCUAAACCCAGCCAGCAAGUGAUUGACGUACUGACCAAGCUCUGCAAGGAUCCUAAUAAUGUGGUUUGGAUCGUGUCUGGUCGAAGUCAGGACUAUUUGGAAAACUGGCUGAGUCACAUUCCCAACUUGGGUCUCUCCAGCGAACAUGGCUGCUUUAUCAGAGAUCCCAACAGUAAGACAUGGAUUAGUUUCGUUGAAAAUCUCGACAUGUCUUGGAAGGACGAUGUCAAGGAAGUCUUUGAAUAUUACACCGAGAGAACACCUGGUAGCUUUAUUGAAGAAAAGGAGUGCGCAUUGACAUGGCAUUAUCGUAAAGCCGAUCCCAAAUAUGGCGCCUUCCAAGCAAGAGAAUUGCAGAACCAUUUGGAGCAAAACGUGGUUGGUAAGCUGCCUGUGGAAUGCUUGAUUGGCAAAAUGAACGUCGAAGUCCGGCCCAGCCUGGUAAACAAGGGUGUUAUUAUCAAACGUGCCAUCACUCAAAAUCCAGACAUUGAAUUCAUGUUUUGUGCUGGAGACGAUCGCACAGAUGAAGAUAUGUUCCGCAUCUUGGAGAGAAUGGAGUUGGGUGGCGUUCAAAUGAUUCAGUUCACAGUUAUUGUGGGUAACGUGGAUAGAAAGACGCUUGCUAGCUGGAAGGUGGAUUCAUGUCAGGAUUUACACAACAUCCUACAAUUAUUAGUUGAUCAAUGA